UCCGCAGCCUCAGAGCGAUCUGUGUGUCCAUCCCUAGAUGAAGCACCUCCCUUCUCAGUGCCGUUCAAACCGUACAUGUGGAACAGCCUGGGUGGCUCCGAGCUGAGGCACCUUGUGCAAAGCUACAGGCCCUGCCCGAUGCUGGAGCGAACCUCAGCCCUGGGGCUCUUCUGUGACCGAGGCUCUGAGCCUGCCCUCUACGGUGCAGAGUGUAGCUCUUCCUUCGGACUUUAUGGUGACUUCGUCUCCCCAGGCCCGGGGCUGAUUGAGCGGCCGCCGGCAGCAGCACCUGGACUCUAUGCUGAGACACAGCCUGGGCUGCAGCAAGAGAAGGGGCCAGGUGGCAUCAAAGUGGAGUCAGACCUCUUGUGCCGCCCACUGCUCAUCAGCACUGGCUCUUACAAGUGUGUCAAGUGCAGCAAGGUCUUCUCCACGCCGCAUGGCCUUGAGGUGCAUGUGCGCCGCUCACACAGUGGCACGAGGCCCUUUGCCUGUGACAUGUGUGGCAAGACCUUCGGCCAUGCAGUCAGCCUGGAGCAGCACAAGGCCGUGCACUCACAGGAACGCAGCUUUGAUUGUAAGAUUUGUGGCAAGAGUUUUAAGAGAUCUUCUACUUUGUCAACCCACCUGCUCAUCCACUCGGACACCCGGCCCUAUCCGUGCCAGUACUGUGGGAAGCGGUUCCACCAGAAAUCUGAUAUGAAGAAGCACACCUUCAUUCACACAGGUGAGAAGCCUCACAAGUGCCAGGUGUGUGGAAAAGCCUUUAGUCAGAGCUCCAACCUUAUCACCCACAGUCGUAAGCACACAGGCUUCAAGCCCUUUGGCUGUGAUCUGUGUGGCAAAGGCUUCCAACGAAAGGUGGAUUUACGGAGACACCGGGAGACACAGCAUGGCCUGAAGUGAGUCCCAGCUGCAAUGCAGAAAGCAACUACAACACUAUGAGAACAGACUCCCUUGGUUUCCCUGCUGGACCCGAGCCCUGUCCUGAGCACAGACCCUGGCAUUACCUUUCUGACCAGGAGCUCGGAGAGGAAAGAAGAGGACAGGGCCACGCAUUGACAGCUCAACCUGAAUGACUGUGAAAGGGGAAAUUUAAGGCUGGGGUUUCUCUCUUUCUCUCCCCCUCUCCGUUUCUGAAAUAACACUGGAAAAUAAGCCUUUUAGAUAUGAAGCCUGAUACUCCAAAGACGGAUAAGCUACCAAAUGUCUGUAAACUGGAAAAUAUUUCUCCCCUGGCCAAGAUGAACCCCCCGGAAUUUUCAGCAGCUUGAAUC